AUGCCACAUUAUAUAAGGCAUCGUCGUGUGAAACCAGAUCUGGAGGUGCAGAAGAGGCGAAAAAUUCAACAAGAAACAUUGACGAACGUGCUUCAUACUUCAAAGCACUGCAGUGAAGUAGUUGACAUCGUAAUCUUUCCCGUCACAGAUAUUCUCGAAAAUAGAAUAACCAUGGACAUAGAAUCGGAAGAGGCGCUAGUACUGUUGUUCGUUGAGGACUUAAUAAAUCUACGUAAUUUGUGUCUUCUGCUUGCGUACGUUUACAUUAAGCUGGUAGUACAACCAAGACAACAUCGUAGAGUUAGACGUCGGCUUAGAAGAGCAUCCUAUAGUAUGUCUAACCGUCUUCCGUCUCAAAUUGAGCAUAUCAAAUUGUUGGUAGAAAUAAGUGACAGAACAUGCAUUGAACAACUUCGCAUAGAUCGAAUCUGCUUUGGGCACUUAGUGAUGGAAUCCACGGCUAGUGGGGGAUGCAAUUCACAGGGCAACGGACAACGUCGAGUUUGGACGAGGGACGAGGAAAGUGCAUUAAUUCAAGGUUUGCGCGAUCUUGUUUCGCGGGGCUGGAAAUGUGACAACGGAUUUCGCUCAGGAUACACCAACAUAUUGGAGCAACAUAUGGCCCAGUGUUUUCCAGGUACUAACAUAAAAGCCGAACCGCACAUAUUAUCAAAGAUUACGGUUUGGAAAAAGAAUUAUGGUUUAAUAUUGGGAAUGCUUGCAACUUCGGGGUUCGAAUGGAGUGAAACGGGAAACAUGAUUGUUGUGAAGGAGGAUGCCGUUUGGCAAUCCUACAUCAACGUAAUUAACUCGUUCCCGGAACAAUGUGACGAUCUUAACAACAACAUGGACUCUUUUUCGGCCCAAGAGGGUGAGAGUAGUGCAUCCGGUAAGUCUAAGCGUGACGGGAAAAGAAAGCAUAAUGUUGAGGUGGAGGAUAAAAUAAUCGGCCUCAUUUCAUCCGUUUGCGAGGAGACGAACAAACGUCUUUCUGAAUUGUCGGUACGUUUUACAAACCAAGGAGACGCAAAAGAGCAACGAAUUGCAGUUUAUGAGGCUCUUAAAAAAAUUCCAAAUAUAACAACAGAUGAAAAGGUAAUUGUCGCGCGUUACUUAUGCAAAAACUUAGACGAGAUGGACCUCUUUUUCAGCCUUGAUGAUGUUGCGCAGUGCUCCAUGGAGCUCGGUAACAUUGAGCGGCGCUUCCGGUUGGAGGGGUGGACCGAGGAGGAAGAGGAGGCUUGCAAUCGUCUCUUUUUUCAGAAAUGUGCAGAAACGGACGACGUCCACCUGCCAGCCGUCGUGAAUUCGUUAUGGUUCGGACUCUUCCGUCAGUUGUCGGACCUCAUGCAGAAGGAAGUUUCGUGGAUGAAGGGACAUUACCGUGAAUUUCUUCAGUUCAUGACCACACCGGGAGUCGGCGUUCAUGAUGACGGCUCGUUCAUUAGUGUGAACCGAGAGUACUGGAAUUUCGUCAGAGAGGAGACGGAUAUAGAACAAUAUUUUCGUUGGAAUGGCUUCAAAUGGUACAAUGAGUGUGUGCAGCUAUGGAACUUACGGGGUGCGGCUCAGGUGGACAUCGAUCUUAACCCAUGUCAGACUUUGCAGAACCCAAUUCAUAUGGAUGUGAUGGAGGAUGAUUUUGAAGUCGAGGAGCAGGUUGAAAGCCCAAUCGAAGAUUAUCCAGUUCCUAUGGAUGACGAUGAGGAAUUAAGGGAGAAUGAGUUUGAUGUGGACUCAUGCGUCGACUCCAACUAA